AUGAAUUCUGUGAUAAAUAACUCUUCAAGUGCCUUACCAGACGUCUGCUUCAUGUCGAUUAUGGMGUUUGAUCCUAAUAGUAUGAACCACCCAGAUUCAGUUAAGACAACUUGGAUUUUCCUCGCUGUUGUUAAUGGCCUUGCUGCCCAGCUGACAAUCAUCGUCAACGCCCUUGUUAUAUGGACGAUUGUGGGAAAUGAAAAUCUUCGAUCUUCUGCCUUCAACAUUUCGCUUGCUUCUUUGGCAGUGACUGAUUUCCUUGUAGGAUUGUUGGUCGAGCCAUUGUUCUGUCUACUUAUUGCAUGUCUUCUCAAUGAUUUUUUCCCGCCAGACUGUGUAUUCACAGCUUAUUUUUUGUCGUCCCUUGCCUUCUGUUGUAUGACGUCCGUCAGCUUUACGAUUGCGUGUAUUGAGAGGUAUCUCACUAUAGAACAUCAAAACAUUGCUUUAAAUUUUACAGGAAAGAAGGUCAUGCUAGCAACAGUAAUAUCCUGGAUGGUAUGCCUGGGUUAUUUGUUGAUUGCUACCGUCGUACUAAACAGAAACCAUUCUACACUUUAUAAAGUUCCACCAAUUUUUGCCAUGAGUAUUCUCGGUGUAAUCAUACUGUACUGUUCACUUAAAGUUCAGCUAACAGCUUUCCGCCAAAGUAGAAACAUCGCCCAGCAGCUAGCAUCAGUUCAACAGCCCAACCAACAGCUACAACAGCAACGGCGACUUCAGGAAUACAAGCGAGUGUUCAUGAUGAGCAUGUUGGCUGUUGUGUCAGUUGUCUUAUACACYCCCUACAUAUCAGUARCAGUGAUAGAAAGCUUGAAGGUUGGGGAUAUCAUCACGACCAAUUUCAAGUACUUGUCAAUUUACUCUUGUGCAACGGUUAUUCACCUCCAGUCUCUCAUCAACCCAAUUAUCAUGUCACUUCGUCUGUCCUACCUUCGCCAGGGCAUCAAAAACAGGGUCGCGCUUUUGGUUUUCACAAGGAACUAA